CCUAGGAGCUUCGACGACACCCGGCAUCCAACUCGGCAUCCAUCACUCGGCCCGCACCCGCGGGGCUCAUUCAACUGACACCCUCAGACGUGGUCUGCCGCCCAGCACGUUAACCAUUCCAGCAUGGCCACCAAGCGCGCCCCCGGGACAUGCCGGGCCGAGGAAGGCAAGAUCAGCCUCGCCGACCUUCCCUACGAGAUGCAACGGGCCAUCUUCGAUGCGGCCACGGGACCUGAGAUCAUCUUCAUGCGAAUCAAGAACAAUGUGGUGUCUGUUUCUGCCCCGAUUCACAAGGGUCUCGCCCUAGCCUGCCGGCUUUCGCGGGAAAUAUACCUCAAGUCCAAGGUGCUUUCCCGGUUUGGAAGUCGCCGCUACUGGGUCGACCCCGACCGCGACCUCUUUUACCUCGACGACGGUGACCCCAUCCCUCGCGCCCAGCGGCCCGACUGGCACAGCAGGCCGGCUUCACGGCUCAAGGGCGACAUCUUCGACCCCUCUGUCUUGCGGCACGUCGCCGUCGACCUGGAGUACAUGGGCUCGUACCCCUUCUGUCACUUCCCGCUCAUCCGCAUCUGGACCCUCUUCCCGAAGCUCGAAGCGAUCCACAUCUUCGUCCCGAAGGGCCCGCCCCAGACGCCCGCCGUGAAAGCGCGGCCGGGCACCCUGAGGCUGGAGCCGAUCCCCAGCACGCUGGUGGUCGCCGCCCCCCGCCACGAUAAGGAGCUCUGGCUCGCCGUCCGAUACCAAGUGCGGAAGGUAUGCACUAGGAUUCUGGAAACGGAGCAUGGCUGGAACGGCCGGACGGUGCCCCAGGUCGUCGGCCACCUGACGAGCCUGUGGAACCAGCCGCCCGAAGACUCCAACGGCACUGAAGGCUCCAACGGCGCUGAAGGCUAGAAGACUUCGCUGUGGCUUCGUCUUCAGGGGGGAGAGCGGCGGACCCGAAGGAAGCGGAUGAAGCUGAUUGAUAAGAUCUUGAGGCGCCGCCUGGAAGGCGUCUCUCUUGGACAGGAACUGUCUGACGACCGAGCGGAGGAAGGGGAGAGCUAGACAGGAGGAGGGGCCAUUGUUGCGUCGGUUGUGUCCAGCCUCGCGGCCUCUUCUCAUGGGUCUCUGUCAGCACGGUUUGCCCAGCGCCUCUUGUUGUUGUCGGUCUUGA